UAAACACGGUCCCUAAGUUGAGCGCGAAUAAGAAGCUGAAAAACGGAAGCGUCGCGGUUUUUAAGGUGGACCGCAUAGCGUCAAUAAGAAGCUGCGAAUAAGAAGCUGGAUUCAGCCUCGUGUUUCCCCUCCUAAUCUCAGGAAUGACACCCGAAGUAGAGGAAAUCAUGGUCAAACAUGGACAAUAAGUUUAUAAAAUGUGUAUAUUACUUAAAAAAGACAAAGCAGCGCAUUCAGUAAACGUAUGCGCUUUACACAUUCGAUGAACUUGAUGACUGAGAAUGAGGAAUUAACGGGCUCGGUCCGUUAUCGCUUGUAAUAGACUGAGCCGGGGGACAAACAUGUCCGGGGAUGAAGACGGUUGUCCCGGGGCGCAGCUGGUCACCGAGGCCGGGCCGAACUGGCUCCGGGCGGAGAUCGAGCGCCUGACUCGGGAGCUGAGCGAGACGAGCCGGGAGAAGAUCCAGGCGGCGGAGUACGGGCUGGUGGUGCUGGAGGAAAACCAGCAGCUGAAACAGCGCUUUGAGGAGCUGGAGAGCGAGUAUGAGACCGUCAGACAGGAGCUCGACCAGCUCCGAGAGGCAUAUGGCCAGGUUCACUCCACCCACAGAAAGGUGGCUGCGGACGGGGAGAGCAGGGAGGAGUCGCUCAUCCUGGAGUCGGCAUCUAAAGAGGCGUACUAUGAGCAGAGAGUGCAGGAGCUGCAGUCGGAGCUACGGCAAACUAAAAACACCCUCACCGGCACCCAGGCAGAGAACGAGCGUCUGGCCACCCUUGCCCUCGAGCUGAGAGAGAAUAAUGAGAUUGUGGAGCUCCAGCGCAGUCGUCUGCGUGACGAUAUCCGAGAGUACAAGAUCCGAGAGUCUCGUCUGCUGCAGGACUACACUGAACUGGAGGAGGAGAACAUCAGCCUGCAGAAACAAGUCUCCACCCUUAAACAGGGUCAGGUGGAGUUCGAGGGACUCAAACAUGAAAAUCGGCGAUUGGAGGAGGAAGUGCAGUACUUAAACAGCCAACUAGAGGAUGCCAUUCGACUACGUGAAAUCGCAGAUCGCCAGCUAACAGAGGCUUUAGAAACAGUCAAGACCGAGCGGGAGCAGAAAGCAGCCCUUCGGAAAGAACUAACACAUCACAUGACCUUGGGAGACUCCCUCCUCGCCAGCUCAUUGGACGGACUCAAACUGAGUGCAGAAGAACCUAAUAACGACGAUGCUAUUCUGACACUUGAAAACGGAUUUGCUAAAGUCUGUGAAGGUAAUGAUGAAGAUAACAGAUUGUCUUCGCCCAAGAGAGAUGAAAAUUUCCGUCCCGCGCCAAGUCUGGUGGAUGACUUGUUGACCGAAUUGAACAUCUCUGAGAUUCAGAAACUCAAGCAACAGCUGUUACAGGUGGAGCGAGAAAAAGUCGCUCUUCUCACUACUUUACAGGACUCUCAGAAGCAGUUAGAGCAUGCUCGAGGAGCAUUAGCUGAACAGCAGGAAGCUAUGACAAGACUUAGCGAUGAUUUGGGCGCAAUGCGGAGACUGCAGGCCGGCAAGGAGCGACAGUCUGCCCUGGACAGCGAGCGAGAGCGCGACAGUCGAGAGGACAAUGAUGUGGACUAUUAUGAGCUGGAUAUUAAUGGGCCAGAAAUACUUCGCUGCAAGUACGAGGUGGCCAUUGCAGAGGCAGGUGAACUGAGGGAGGAGCUGAAGGGACUGAAGUCGGAGCAUGAUGAGAUGAAAACCGAACAUGAGGAAGUGCGAACGCGACUGGAGGGACACGUACGUGACCUCAGUAUUCAAGUGUCUCAACUGGAGUACAGCAGUCGCACAGAUCGUGAUAAGUCGCUAAGCUGGAAAAGGAACUGAAAGGAAGUGAGCGCAGUCGCGGGCGAGACCGAAGGAGGUCUCAGCGUCGCCCAGGAUGAGCUUGUUGCCUUUAGUGAAGAGUUGGCAAACCUCUACCAUCAUGUCUGCAUGUGCAACAAUGAAACCCCGAAUCGUGUCAUGCUUGAUUUUUACAAAGAGGGUAAAGGAAGCAAGACGGAAACUAAAGAUCGGCAGUCUACAUUGACGCAAACCAAUGAAGUAAAUCCAGACAUCAAGUCCAACUCAAUCCCUGUUGACAGAGAAGAUCCUCGUCCUGAACCGAUGGACGUCUACAACCUGGUAGCGAUAAUUCGGGAUCAGAUACGGCACUUGCAGAAGGCAGUGGACCGCACCACAGAACUGUCCCGGCAGAGAGUCGCCUCUUUAGAGUUGGCUGCAGUUGCGGAUAAAGACCAAGCUGCUUGCAUGGAGGAGAUUUUGAAGCUCAAGUCCCUGCUGAGCACCAAGCGAGAACAGAUUGCCACGCUCAGGACUGUGCUCAAGGCCAACAAGCAGACAGCUGAGGUCGCCCUUGCGAACUUGAAGAGCAAAUAUGAGAAUGAAAAGGCCAUGGUCACCGAAACCAUGAUGAAGUUACGAAAUGAGCUUAAGGCUCUUAAAGAAGACGCCGCCACUUUCUCUUCUCUCAGGGCAAUGUUCGCCACCAGGUGUGAUGAGUAUGUGACACAAUUAGACGACAUGCAGAGGCAGCUGGCUGCGGCAGAAGAUGAAAAGAAGACUCUGAACUCUCUCUUGCGGAUGGCCAUCCAGCAGAAACUGGCGCUCACACAGCGACUAGAGGAUUUGGAGUUCGACAACGAGCAGUCCCGCAGAGGAUCUGGUGCUGGGCCUGGUGGCCGUGGGAAGGCUCCGUCAGGACGAUGGCCGAGGACCCUUAUCGUUUUCCAGCCCCAUGUAAGUCUAGACUUCCCUGCUAAGAACCGACCGCAACCACACGGCCUCAUUGGAAGUCCUGCGGUUUUCUGCAGUGAGAAGUAUAAGAUUCUGUGUGACACUGGAUCUGAUUAACACCCGUGUGUUUCUGUCAUCACUAACUCACGUCCCUUUCACUGUUUGUGUGCUUGAGAGAAAGCUACGCAAGCAUGUCAGCGUUUGUGCUAACAGUUCUGUUGGCUUCAUUAAUGCUUGUCUAAUGUGGCGGAUGUGCUCUUGUUAAUCUUUAUUUUUCGUGUUCCUCUCCAUCUCGCAAACAUCAGUGUCUAUGAAGCUUUCAUAGAAUAUACUGUUGAGGCUGAUAGGUUCAGUACCACAUACUGAUUGAGAUAACGUUGGUUUUAUUUUCACACAUUCAGACUUUCUCCUUAAUAAUAUAAUUUCAAAAAGUAGCCUAAAUGGUAAAAUCAUAUUAACAGACAAUGACUAUCAAAGUACAACAUUGUUCACAGUUAAAUAAAUAGUGUUAAUGUUGUUUUGAAGUCAUACUUACAUGUAAUUUCACACUGAAUAUUCAAAGUAGCGUGGUAAACAAUAUAGGGAGUGUGUCACAAGUUGACACUGAAUGAAUGUGCGAAUAUAAAUUCAACUUAACCUCAGAUACAUACUGGACUCUUAAUUCAACUCGCUCCUGCAACACUUUUCUUUUUGAUUAUUUUUUAUUGAACAUUUUAGAUUUUGAACUAUAUACAACAAAGUUGGAGAUCCACCCAACAGGCAGGUAAAAUAUAAUAAAAACGGUAAUAGUGCAAUAUUAGGUACAAAUUCAGGAUCAAAACAUAUCUAAUAGUCUCAUAUUUGA